UCUAAACGGUGUCGUUUCAGUCCAUAAACUCUAACGAGUCAAUCCUUUUCCACAACCAGUGCCGAUCCCUUAGAACACCUGAAAGUGAGAGAAACUGAAGAAGCAGGCAAGAUAAAGAAACGAAAAUGGAUCCUCUACUGUGGCAUAAAAUAGCUGGGCUCUCUGGAAUGGCAGCUUUGGGGUUGGGCACAUAUGGCGCCCAUGGCUUCAAACCCGAAAACCCAACUUACAAAGAUGUUUGGCAAACGGCGUCUCUCUACCAUUUGGUUCACACAGCCGCUCUGGUUGCUGCCCCUAUCACGAAGCACCCCAACAUUUUUGGAGGCCUUUUGACUACUGGAAUACUCGCAUUCUCAGGGACGUGUUAUACUGUGGCAUUACUUGAGGAUAGAAAGUAUUCUACGUUGGCUCCUUUCGGUGGCUUUGCUUUUAUCGCUGGUUGGGCUAGCUUGCUCUUCUAAGAUUUCGAACUUCUCAGGAUCCCUGCCCAACUUGUGUUGUUGAGUUCACUAUUUAUGAUUAUAUACCCUUUCAACUGGGCAAAUAGAUCCCAAUGUGGAGUCUCCUUGAAUUUCAAAGUUGUCUUCCCCUUUGCCAUGCCAAUUAUAUAUGGUGUAUAUCAAUCUACUGAUUAUGCUACUUCAAUGUUAUUUGGUGCUAUUUGCAUGGGAGCUUCUACAAUGGGGAGUUCAGAGUGAGGAGCUCAUUUGAGGGGUUCAAUCCCACCAUCAAAUCACUUAAAAUGUUUAAGUCCAUUGGUUUCCUCAUAUUUGUUGAUGGUGGAAUUGAACUCCUCAGAUGAACUCCUUACUCUAAACUCCUCAUUAUAGCAUUUCUGCUGUUUGCCUAUACUUGUAGAAUAUUUUUCCCAUACAAAUGAGAUUACAGGUUUGCAGAUAUAA